UAGAGCCAUACUCAUCAUCUUGGUUUCCAAGAUCUUCUCAGGUCCACACAAUUUUCACACACUCACAGUCACAGUUGAAGAAAAUGUCAUCCCUUCUACUCCUAUACUCCCUUCUUCUCUUCCUCAGCUACCAUGGCCGCGACCUCCGCGAUUUCUCAAAUUUUCACUCCUUUUGUUCUCCUACCCAGUCGCCAUUGUUCAAGAGUGUCUCACUUCAAUCCAGGGAAAAAUCCCAGAAAAAUCUCCUUCAAGUUGUUUACUGUAGCUGCAAAUUCUGGGGGUAUGAACCGGAAUGGGCAACCAACUCAUGUUGUUGGGCUCAAUUCCGGACUUUUGCUUGUUAAUCAUCAGGAAAUGGGUUCCAGGAGAAGGGUUUACGUGAAAUCAACCGGAUCGGAAAGUGGUUUGACUUCCUCAGCUGGUAGCACGGUUGUUAAACUGUUGCAUUUGGUAGUUUCAUUGGGGAUUAUACUGGCCAUGGAUAAGCUCUUGAAGAAGGCAUUCGUGGCUGCUGCCAUUAAAUUCCCAAGUGCUUUAUUUGGGAUGUUUUGUAUAUUUACCAUUUUGAUGGUUCUCGACUCCACUGUCCCUGCUGCGGCAACUAGCUUGAUGAACUUCUUUCAGCCAGCGCUUCUUUUCAUUCAGAGGUGGCUUCCUCUGUUCUAUGUGCCUUCUUUGGUGGUUCUCCCUCUGGCUGUUAAAGAUAUUCCAGCUGCUUCAGGACUUAAAAUCAUUUUCAUUAUAGUUGGAGGAUGGCUGGCUUCACUUUCUGUAGCAGGUUUUACAGCUAUAGCAGUGAGAAAGAUGGUAAACACUGAAAUGAUACCGGCUGAACCUAUGCCUAAGCCUUCUCCAUUUUCUUCAGUAGAAUUAUGGGCUUGGAGUGGUAUUUUCGUUAUAUCAUUUGUGUCGGCAUUUUUCUAUCCAACUCUACUUGGGACAAAUGCCAGAACAUGCUUGCCGUUUCUCCUUGCUUCAACCGUCUUAGGCUACCUUCUUGGUUCUGGGCUACCGAAUGUGGUGAAGAAGGUUUUCCAUCCCAUUAUUUGCUGUGCGCUAUCAGCUGAUCUAGCGGCAUUUGCCUAUGGACAACUAUCACGUUCUGGACUGAAUCCUGUUCUCGGAUACUAUCUUACAAAGGCCUCAUCAAAUCCUGGAGCUGGAGACAUUCUAAUGGGAUUCCUUGGAUCAGUUAUUCUCUCAUUUGCCUUCUCAAUGUUCCAACAGAGAAAGCUUGUUAAGAGACAUGCUGCAGAGAUAUUCACCUCUGUUAUCCUGUCCACUCUGUUCUCUUUGUAUUCAACCGCCCUCAUUGGACGACUGGUUGGUCUGGAACCUUCUUUAACUGUAUCAGUUCUUCCCAGAUGCAUAACUGUGGCACUUGCUCUCAGCAUUGUAUCUUUCUUUGAAGGUGCCAAUACAUCUCUUACAGCAGCUGUGGUUGUAGUAACUGGACUCGUCGGGGCCAACUUUGUUCAGACAACUCUCGACAAAUUAGGGUUCCGUGAUCCUAUUGCUCGAGGAAUAGCGACUGCAUCAAGUGCACAUGGAUUGGGAACAGCUGCAUUGUCUGCCAAGGAACCAGAGGCCCUUCCAUUUUGUGCAAUUGCAUAUGCCCUGACAGGAAUUUUUGGUUCUGUGAUUUGCUCAGUUCCAGCAGUCAGACAAAGCUUGCUAACAAUAAUUGGCUGAAAAAAUCACCUUUAUGCAAUUAAGAAUGACAUAAACUGAUCACAGGCAGCGCUUUCUGCAGAAAUUCUAGCUCAUAUUGGUGGAAAACAAUCUUUCAUGUCGUGGCCAUUUCACUGCACGUCCGUAUGUAUAACCUUGCAUAUUUACAUCUGGUUUUCUGGUUUUUAUUUUCUUCCUCAAAUUUUAAGCAUCCCUUUCGAUUUUUCAGGAUUUUAGGUUGGCACCCUCUUCACAAGUUGUAACCAACCUAUUUGUAAUGAUUAUUCUAUUCAAAUUGAUGAUCUAAGUUCUUGUGUAUAUAUGUAGUUCAUCACAUACAGCUAAAUAGUCUAAUCCCAAUCUUGGUUUUAUUU